AUGACUGGCAAACGCAAGAGAGAGACUGUCGCUGUAUCGCGGUCAAUGGAAACCAAGGCGACAAGCCCUCCACCAGCGGACAAUGCCCAGGACAUCUUCCGCAAAUACUUUGAAGCGCAAUUCGAGCCUUUAGAUUUGCCUAGCAAGCCCUCAGCACAAGACUCUGGAUCCGAUGAUGAAUCCGAGGAUGAGGGUGAUUAUGAGGUCGAAGAAGAUUCAGAUUCAGACAACAUGGAUUGGAAUGGCCUCUCGGAAAACGAAAAUGAGGUGGAAGUUGUCGAGCACAAGGAUGCUCAACUUGACGACAUAAUGGACAAGAAAGCUCGAAAGUCAUUUAUGACUGCGAAACCACCAUCCUCUAUAGACGCCCCUACAAAAACCCCAGCGAAGCCAGUCACGAAGGAGGAGGAGAAAGAUGACGCAGACAACCUCAAGCACGAUCUUGCUUUACAACGACUGCUUCGAGAGUCACACCUACUCGAAAACUCUUCAGAACUCGCUCCUACUGGGAAAAAUCGGCUCAAGGCGUUGGAUCUACGAAUGCAAUCCCUUGGAGCUAAGACAUCUCUUUAUCAUCAAAAGGCGAUGCCCGUUUCUAUGAAACGUGGCAUCAGUCUUAAGGCUGCUUCGAAAGAUGAUAAACGACGGAAGGAGGCUAAGGAGAAUGGCAUUAUUCUUGAAAAGCCAAAAAGCAAGAUAUCUAAGUCCAAUCCCGGCCGAAGGGAGCGCGGCAUUGGAGGAUCUUCAAUUGGUCGAUUUUCGGGAGGAACACUAAAUCUGAGCAAAGAAGACUUGCAGUCCAUGCAGAGCUCCAGAGGGAAGGGAAAGAGAGGCGGACGAGGUGGAAGAGGUGGCCGAGGGGGUGGCCGAGGGGGUGGCCGAGGAGGCCGACACUGA